AUGACAGCCGGGACCGUGGUCAUCACAGGUGGAAUAUUAGCGACUGUCAUUUUACUUUGUAUCAUCGCUGUCCUCUGCUACUGUAGGCUCCAGUACUACUGCUGCAAGAAGGAUGAGUCCGAGGAGGAUGAGGAGGAGCCCGACUUCGCCGUGCACUCCCACAUCCCUCCGCUCCACUGCAACCGCAACGUAGUGCUGACCAACGGCCCGUCCCUCUACGCCUCCUCGCCCUUCGGCAAGAAGCCGACGCCGAGCCAGAGCGGCUGCCCCGGCUGCGGGCAGUAUGAGCCCCCCACCUUCUUCCUGCAGGAGCCCCCCGAGGAGCUGCACAACGGGGGGGACCGGGUCAGCUACCAGACCGUCAGCCAGGAAGACCUGGAGCUGCCGGUGAGCGUGGGCAACCUGCAGGCGCUCAACCCCAACCGGCUCUCGGCUAUGCGGGAAGCCUUCUCCCGCAGCCGCAGCAUCAGCACCGACGUGUGA